CCACGCAGCUGGCCACGUGAAUGCGCAGAGGUCGUAUGACAAUGAGUCAUGCGACAGAUUGCACAACGAUUUCAUCAGCCACAACGCAGGCGUCCGAGUAUAAAAGGUUCGUGCGCAGCUCCGCAGUCAGAUCAACACUCACCGCUGCUCCCAAGACUACGAACCUCCAGACAACACUUUAAGCCGAAUUUUUUCAGCGCAGCAUUUUCUACCAAGCUACAGCCGAGACUCGAGCCAUUGCUGAGAAAAAUCUAAAAUUACUGACGUCAUCUCAAUCCGUCUAUCAAAUCGGUCAGAAAAGCCGACGAGAAUAAUGGAAGUGACAGUGAAAGCUUUCCUGCAAGACGCAGACGGCAACAGGGAGGUGAGGCGAGUGAGCCUACUCCUGCAGCCAGGCAGUGCCAUGUUCAAAACCAUGGCUGGCAAAAUAGCCUCUGCAUUCCCUGGUCUGAUAGGGAAGAAGUUUGACAUCACUUGGGAAGUUACUGAUGGUCAAUCUGUCUAUGGAGAUGGAAUGAUGGAGGAAGAGGAGGGACCUACUAAUGACCAAGGGACGGAGGUUCCUCAGGGUCGACAUGACAGAGCUGUGUCUUGGACAGCUGUGGACCACCCUGACUUCCCCCACCCUGAUGGCCCACCACCUCCUCCCCCACCCCCUCCGUUCCACCCGGGCAUGAUGAUGCAUGGGAGACGUGGACGCCGCGGAUGGAUGGGAGGCAGGGGUCACCACCACGGACCCUACCCCGGGCCUUUCCCUGGGCCCCACCCUAUGUUUCACCCUGUCGAAUGGACGGAAAUGCCUAAGAUGCGUGUUUGGCCUUUUGGUCGUUUUUUUGGCCAGGGAGGGAUGGACCAAGGGCCUUGUGCUGGUCAGCAAGAGGAAGGCUGUGACAAACGAGGCUGGAAGAGAGCUCUGAGGGAAUCAGUACCUGUGAAUCAUCGCCGCUGGGCAAAGGUUUACAUUCACAAUUGGCGCAAACAAAACCUCAAGAACUUUACCACGACUACCAGCGACAGUGAGCAAGACGUAAAAGGGAAGACCGUGACAAAGGAGGCAGCGGGUGUACCAGAGGCUUAUGUUGUCUGGCUUGACAUGGUGCUGCCCAAGUUCCAUAAGCGUUGGGAGACGGAGGUCUCCACAGAGCAUGGUGCGAAGGACUUUGAGGGUGAUGAUGCAGACAGCAUGGUAACGAUCAAGAUGUCUGUGCCAGUGGAAUUUCGCAAAUGGGUCUGGUGGUACCUGGCAAGGCGCUACGGGAAGAGAAUGGCCCCAGAGUUUCGUUGUGGCAGUCCGGGACGCCGAGGCCACCCAUGGGGCAGAGGCCACCCAGGGGCUAGAGGUCACCCUGGACCAUUCUGGAAUGGCAUGGGCAGACGUGGACCAGGAAAGUGCGGCAAGAAAGGCAUGAUGGGUGGCAAACUGCACCACUUGGCUAGCCAGGUACCCAAACACAUUCGAACCUGGGCCAAGCAGUUUAUUCUCACCUGGAGACUGGAGCACCAGAUCCCGACCACUCGACCCGCUCACCUCACAGACUCGGAGAGCGAUGAGGUCAAAGGUGCCAAGGACAAAGGCAUCCCAGAGGACUACGGCAAGUGGCUCAACAAGUUCCUGCCCAGAUGGCACCUGUGGAGAGGACAGGUGGCCUCAAGCAAAGUUAACGUCCCUGCAGGAGGGAUGGGAGAGUUUAAGGAUACAGUCCCUAUGGAAUUUCGUUGCUGGACCAAGUGCUACCUCUGCAGACACUACUCUCAACCCAGUGAAGGGAGUGAGGGAGGAGAGGACCGCUAUCGUCGCUGGCUGCAGAUCUUCAAGAAGAAAUGGCUGCAGCAGCAGAAGGGGGGAGAUGAAGACUUUGAAACUUUGUGCAUCACCAGCAGCGACGAGGAACACAGAGCAGCUGCUCUGACCUCUGAUCCGGACACAGACAUGGAGAUGGAUUCCUCGUUCAAACGUCUCAGACUGGACAAAGAAACCACGCUGAGGAACGUUCGUUUUGCCGGGGCAGCAGCAGAGAAUGAAGCUGCUCAGGGAAGUGACAGUGACAGUGAUGCCGAAAUGUUUGGUGGCAGAAUGCUUGGUAAACAUGGAUUCCGCCGUUUCGCCAAGACCGAGCUGUACAACUGGGAUGGGAAGACGCCCGUAGACGGAGCCGAUGACGAUUUGGAGUUGCCUCCCCGCCUGUACCACGUGCUCAGUCACAUGAUGGUGAAGAUGCAGAAGAAAAAGUUCAAGAGGGAUAUGAAGGCCGCCAAGAAGGAAAUGAAAGCAGCUGCGAAGGCUCAAAAGCUCAGCGAGUCUUAAAGUUGUCAGUCAGCUUGAAUGAAGUAAUGGAGGAAGAAGGAUAGUUUGGAGCAGUGGUUUUAUGUGGAUAAGUAUUUCCACUGGUGCUUUUGUAGACUCUCUGCUUAAAAGUUAAAUUGGUGUCCAUGUAUUCCAAAUUAAUUUGGAUGAUAUUAUAUGCUAUAUUUUUCCACAACUUAAUAAAACAUUUUUUUUAAAAUACAUGCUUUUCAACCAUAGUGUUUGUCAUAACACACUAUGAAACAGAUUUUUUCUUGACUAGAGUUUGUUUUGUAUCCCCUGGGAAAUUAUCAAAAUGCGGACGAAAGUUGCUGAAUAAAAUGAUACUCAAUGUAUAUUGAGAACUAGUGUAAAGUAUCUCUGCGUUAUUAUUAUAAUUUCAUGCUUUGGGUACUGACUGAACUUUUUGACAUUGAUGAUUUACUUUGACUAGAAUGUGUAGACUUGAUAUUUUGAGAUGCCAACAGAAGUUACAUAAUCCUAAUUCAUGCGUAUGUUUUAAAAUGUACAUCUGAACUACAAAAACAUGUUAUGUAUAACAUUGAUGUAAAACCCCAAAAAAAUUCUGCACACAAUGCUGGUGCUUAGAAGGAAUUUCUGUGUUUGAUUUUUCUGGCAAGUUCCUCAUCUCUACUUCCCUUUGCUUGCUCCUGUCUGUCGAGCUUUUUUCAUCAUUCAAUAUCUUUGACCAAGGUCACGGGCUUCUCUUUAUCUCAAACACAUAAAGGAUACCAAAUAAGAGAACAAUUUCUUUACUCUCCCACUCAUUGUUUCUAUCUUUUUUGCCUUCUUUUCGGAUUCCAAGAUCAAAAUGACCGUCACCAAGUGACCGUUUCUUUUCUACUUAAUUCUUAAUUUUGACUCUGUCUCAACACACUACAAUCAUUGCUACAUUACACAAGUUAUAAUGUACUCUCAGCAAAUAUUCAUUCCAAUACUUUUACCUAUUUGUCAGAUUUGUGCAUGUCUUUGGGUUACAAAAGAAGAUUUUUUAUUAUGAUAUAUAUACAUGUGACUGAUUCAAUCAGACUUUUGUUUUCAUUCAGUAUUGUGUGUGUACUUUCAAGUAAUAUGUUUGUAUCUGACAUUCUGAAUGAGCUACAUGUACAAUGCCAUAUGGCAUGAGGCAAGUCAUCUGAUGAUGAUAAUGUUAUCAAAACUUUUCUUACAUUUAUAUAUUCCAUGUGCAGAAGCAUUUUUUGUCACAUUGGCACAAAUGUAUAAUGCGCUUAGCUUUUUCAUGUCACAGUAUUGUAUUCCAUUUGGUAUUUUUUCUUGACAAUAAAUAUUGUAUAAAAAGCCUG